AUGGAUCACUUUGAAGGAGCAUCUCAAGACGAUUUCACAUAUUUGGAAUAUUCAGCAGACACGCAAUCGUCGCAGUAUGACUUUAACAGUGAUUUCACACAAACGCAAUUACAAAAAGAUCAUCAAAAGCUUUACUUUCAGAACGAUGAUGACUUGAGUUCAGAUCUUUCUUUAGCCUCUCUAUCUUUAAACAAUAAUAAUUUAAAGAAUGACAGUACUAGCAAUGACCUCCACUUCAUUGAAGACGACAUCACACCUAACGAUGAGUUCAGUGAACUUUUAAGUAAGGAACAAGAAAAGGAUUUGCCCCCUCAUGCUUGUAAAUACUGUGGUAUACACUCACCCGCUUCUGUGGUCAAAUGUGUUACUUGCCAUCGCUGGUUUUGUAACUCCCGUGGUAAUACUUCCAGCUCGCAUAUUAUCAACCAUUUAGUACGCGCAAAGCAUAAAGAAGUCAGUUUACAUCCUGAUUCUCCUCUUGGCGAUACUGUAUUGGAAUGCUAUAAUUGUGGUUGUAGGAAUGUUUUCCUGUUGGGCUUUAUACCGGCCAAAAGUGAUACCGUAGUAGUCUUAAUCUGCAGACAACCUUGUGCUGCCGUACCUUAUUCCAAAGAUAUGAACUGGGACACAUCUCAAUGGAUGCCUUUAAUCGAUGAUCGUUGUUUCUUGACUUGGCUAGUCAAAAUUCCUUCAGAUCAGGAACAACUCCGUGCACGUCAAAUCACUUCUGUUCAAAUUAAUAAACUAGAAGAGUUAUGGAAGGAUAACGGUGAAGCUACUCUUGAAGAUCUAGAAAAGCCCGGUGUGGAUGACGAGCCGCAUCCUGUUCUGCUGAGAUAUGAGGAUGCUUACCAAUAUCAGAAUAUUUUUGGUCCUCUUGUCAUGAUGGAAGCUGAAUACGAUAAAAAGUUGAAAGAAUCUCAAACUUGUGACGAUAUCGUUGUACGCUGGGAUAUUGGUCUCAAUCAAAAGAAUAUUGCUUGGUUCUAUUUCCCUAAGCUCGAACUUGGCGAAAUCAAGUUGGCAGUGGGUGAUGAACUGCGUUUACGUUAUCGCGGAGAAUUGCAUGAACCUUGGAGCGGCACAGGCCAUGUCAUUAAAAUUCCCAAUAAUGUCAGCGAUGAGGUGGCUCUUGAACUUUCGCGUGUUGGAAAUCCACCUACCGAAUGCACUCAUAACUUUUCUGUGGACUUUGUUUGGAAAUCAACCUCCUUCGACCGUAUGCAGUCAGCCAUGAAAACAUUUGCUGUGGAUGAGACGAGUGUGAGUGGCUAUAUCUAUCAUCGUCUUCUAGGACAUGACGUCGAACCUCAGUUACUCAAGACACAAAUGCCCAAACGUUUCUCUGCUCCUCAUCUUCCAGAACUCAAUCAUUCUCAAGUAUAUGCCGUUAAAUCUGUACUUCAAAAACCCCUCAGUUUGAUCCAAGGUCCUCCUGGUACCGGUAAAACAGUAACCUCGGCUUCUAUAGUUUAUCAUUUAGCAAAGAUGAAUCCUGGUCAAGUUCUUGUGUGUGCUCCUUCAAACGUUGCAGUGGAUCAAUUAGCGGAAAAGAUUCAUCAGACAGGUCUCAAGGUUGUGCGUAUUACUGCCAAGUCUCGUGAAGAACUCGACUCUCCUGUUUCUUUCCUUACCCUUCAUGAGCAAGUGCAGAAUAACGAUACCAAUAUUGAAUUACAAAAGCUGAUUCAACUCAAACGUGACCAGGGUGAACUCAGUGCCUCAGAUGAAAGAAAAUAUAAAUCUCUCAAACGGGCUUGUGAAAAAGAGAUCUUAUCCAAUGCUGAUGUCAUUUGUUGUACUAGUGUUGGUGCUGGUGAUCCCCGUAUUGCCAAGUUACGCUUCCGAACUGUCUUGAUUGAUGAAGCUACGCAAGCUUCAGAGCCUGAAUGUAUGAUACCCUUGGUGUUGGGUUGCAAGCAAGCAGUCUUGGUGGGUGAUCAUCAGCAAUUGGGUCCUGUUAUUAUGAAUAAAAAGGCCGCGAGGGCUGGUCUUUGUCAAUCUCUUUUUGAAAGACUGGUUAUCUUGGGUAUCCGACCUAUUCGUUUGCAAGUCCAGUAUCGUAUGCAUCCUUGCUUGUCUGAAUUUCCCAGUAACAUGUUCUACGAAGGUACUUUACAAAACGGUAUUACUACUCAAGAACGUAUCCGUAAAGACGUCGAUUUCCCUUGGCCCGUACCUGAAACUCCUAUGAUGUUCUAUGUCAAUUUGGGCAACGAAGAAAUUUCGACAUCAGGUACUUCCUACUUAAAUAGAACAGAAGCUUCAAAUUGUGAGAAGAUUGUUACGCGUUUCAUGAAGUCUGGUAUUUUGCCCUCUCAAAUUGGCGUUGUGACGCCUUAUGAAGGUCAGCGUUCCUAUAUUGUUCAAUAUAUGCAAUUUAAUGGAUCCAUGCGCAAAGAUUUGUAUAAAGAAAUUGAAGUGGCUAGUGUGGAUGCUUUCCAAGGCCGUGAAAAGGACUAUAUUAUUCUCAGUUGUGUACGUUCUAAUGAACAUCAAGGUAUUGGUUUCUUGAGCGACCCACGUCGUUUGAACGUGGCUUUGACCCGUGCUCGUUAUGGUGUUGUCAUUCUGGGUAAUCCUAAAAUCCUUUCUCGUCAUCCUUUAUGGCAUCAUUUGUUGGUACACUAUAAGGAAAAGGGAUGUUUGGUGGAUGGUGCUUUGAAUAAUCUUCGUGUGUCGAUGAUUCAAUUUAAUCGGCCCAGAAAAUCAUAUCGCAAGGAUGAUAAGUUUAGACAGGGUUUAGCUCAUCAAAUCGAUGCUCGUGAAGCAUUCGCAAGACCCCCUCUCGCUAGUGAAAAUCGUCGUGGUGGUGUAGGUGCAGGCGCUCCUGGUGAUAUGUUGAACAAAGGCUACUAUGGAAUGGAUUUCAUGCAAACACAUGAUCCUGUGGGUUAUAUUCCCUCUGAUAUUGCAUCUUUACCUAGUUCUCAAUUUAGUAUUCCUUUCAUCCCUUCCGCCAGCGGGCCUUUUACACAAGAUCUAUCUCAAUCUAGUGUAUUUAACCGUAAAAGGGCCCAGCAGCAGCAAAGUGACAGCACACAAAAUACUCAACAAUCGCAAAUUCAACAACAACAGCAUCGGUAUAUACCUGGUUCAUCCACUUUUGGUAAUCAUGCUAUGACCUGGCAAUCACAGAAUAAUAUGAGCCAACAAAGCACCAAUUUUUACAGCAGUCAAACUUCAAUUGGUUUGGCUCUUUCUCAAAGUGACAGAUUGCGCAUGAUGAAUGAAUUAGCAAGUCAACAACAACAAUUACAGAACGGUAGUGGUAGCGGUAGCAGUAACAAAAAUAACGCUAAUACAGCGAAUAAGAUGAUGAUGAUGAGUCAAGAUAGUCUUUUACAAUAUAACUUUGAAGAUUACAAGUCUCAGGACACAACUGCCCCAGUGACCAAUUUAACACAACAAGACUUUGAUUUUAAAAGUCAAUCCAGUCAAUCCUUCACACAAUUUUAA